AUGGCUACUGGGAACACUGAAAUGGGUACUACGGGUCCUACAAUGGCUACUAGGAGCACUGCAAUGGCUACUAGGAGCACUACAAUGGAUGCUACGAGCACUACAAUGGCUACUAGGAGCACUACAAUGGAUACUACGAGUACUACAAUGGCUACUAGGAGCACUGAAAUGGGUACAAUGAGCACUACAAUGGCUUCUAGGAGCACUGCAAUGGGUACUACGAGCACUACAGUGGCUACUAGGGGCACUGCAAUGGAUUCUACGAGCACUACAAUGGCUACUAGGAGCACUGCAAUGGGUACUACGAGCACUACAGUGGCUACUAGGGGCACUGCAAUGGAUUCUACGAGCACUACAAUGGCUACCAGGAGCACUGCAAUGGGUACAAUGAGCACUACAGCGGCUACUAGGUGCACUGCAAUGGAUUCUACGAGCACUACAAUGGCUACUAGGAGCACUGCAAUGGGUACUAUGAGCACUACAGUGGCUACUAGGGGCACUGCAAUGGAUUCUACGAGAACUACAAUGGCUACUAGGAGCACUGCAAUGGGUACUAUGAGCACUACAGCGGCUACUAGGGGCACUGCAAUGGAUACUACGAGCACUACAAUGACUACUAGGAGCACUGCAAUGGGUACUAUGAGCACUACAAUGGCUACUAGGAGCACUGCAAUGGGUACUAUGAGCACUACAGUGACUACUAGGGGCACUGCAAUGGAUUCUACGAGCACUACAAUGGCUACUAGGAGCACUGCAAUGGGUACUAUGAGCACUACAAUGCCUACUAGGAGCACUGCAAUGGGUACUAUGAGCACUACAAUGGGUACUAGGAGCACUGCAAUGGGUACUACGAGCACUACAAUGACUACUAGGAGCACUGCAAUGGGUACUAUGAACACUACAAUGACUUCUAGGAGCACUGCAAUGGGUACUAUGAGCCCUACAAUGGCUACUAGGAGCACUGCAAUGGGUGCUACGAGCACUACAAUGGCUUCUAGGAGCACUGCAAUGGGUACUACGAGCACUACAAUGGCUACUAGGGACACUGCAAUGGAUUCUACGAGUACUACAAUGGCUACUAGGAGCACUGAAAUGGGUAUUAUGAGCACUACAAUGGCUACUAAGAGCACUGAGAUGGGUACUACGAGCACUACAAUGACUACUAUGAGCACUGCAAUGGGUAUUAUGAGCACUAUAAUGGCUACUAGGAGCACUGCAAUGGUUACUAUGAGCACUACAAUGGGUACUAGGAGCACUGCAAUGGGUACUAUGAGCACUACAGUGGCUACUAGGAGCACUGCAAUGGAUACUAAGAGCACUACAAUGACUACUAGGAGCACUGCAAUGGGUACUACGAACACUACAAUGACUACUAAGAGCCCUACAAUGGCUACUAGGAGCACUGCAAUGGGUGCUACGAGCACUACAAUGGCUUCUAGGAGCACUGCUAUGGGUACUACGAGCACUACAAUGGGUACUUGGGACACUGCAAUGGAUUCUACGAGCACUACAAUGGCUACUUGGAGCUCUGCAAUGGGUAUUAUGAGCACUACAAUGGCUACUAGGAGCACUGAAAUGGGUACUACGAGCACUACAAUGACUACUAUGAGCACUGCAAUGGGUAUUAUGAGCACUACAAUGGCUACUAGGAGCACUGCAAUGGGUAUUAUGAGCAUUACAAUGGCUACUAGGAGCACUGCAAUAGGUACUACGAGCAUUACAGUGACUACUAGGAGCACUGCAAUGGGUACUAUGAGCACUACAAUAGCUACUAGGAGCACUGCAAUGGGUACUACGAGCACUACAAUGGCUACUAGGAGCACUGCAAUGGGUACUAGGAGCACUACAGUGGCUUCUAGGAGCACUGCAAUGGCUACUAGAAGCACUGCAAUGGGUACUACGAGCACUACAAUGGCUUCUAGGAGCACUACAAUGGCUACUAGGAGCACUGCAAUGGGUACUAUGAGUACUACAAUAGGUACGUGCGUUAAGCUCGACAGUGGGUACUACGAGCACAACAAGUAA